UUAAGAUUGUCGAUUUAAGGAACCCACAUUUUUUCAAAAAAAAAAUCCACCCUUGUUCUCAGUUUUAAUUCCGUUUUCUUCUCCAAUUUUGCUCUUUUUCUGAAAAAAAUCUGUAAAGACUUGAUUUUUAUCCUUGGAAAAAGCGAAACAUGCCUUUCUGUGAGGUGGGUAAAUACCAGAACGGUGUAGAUGCAACUGGCAACAAUGGAACCAAGAUUUUUUACAGAACUUAUGGUCAAGGCCCGGUCAAAGUUCUCUUGAUUAUUGGAUUGGCUGGGACGCAUAGUUCAUGGGAACCACAGAUCAAGGCGCUCGCCGGGACGAUUACGCCGAAUGAUUCUGAAUCGCCAGCCGGUGAUCGGAGCUUCGGUGAAGGUGGGGAUAUGGAGGUUUGUGCUUUUGAUAAUCGUGGAAUGGGGUUAAGCUCUGUACCCACUAAAAAGUCAGAAUAUACGACUAGUAUUAUGGCUAAAGAUGCAAUUGCUAUAAUGGAUCACUUGGGGUGGGAAAAAGCGCAUGUCUUUGGUCAUUCAAUGGGAGCUAUGAUAUCUUGCAAAUUGGCUGCAAUGGUGCCUGAGAGAGUUUUGUCUUUGGCUUUACUGAAUGUCACGGGAGGAGGCUAUGAAUGUAUUCCCAGGCUCGAUCGUCAAACUCUAUCAAUUGCUGUCCGGUUUUUGAAGGCAAAGACUCCUGAACAGAGGGCUGCUGUUGAUUUAGACACCCAUUAUUCAAAGGAAUACCUCGAGGAAGAUGUGGGAACUACGACCCGAAGAGCAAUAUUAUAUCAAGAAUACGUGAAAGGCAUAUCAGCAUCCGGGAUGCAGUCAAAUUGUGGAUUUGAUGGACAGAUAAAUGCUUGUUGGACUCAUAAGAUAUCACGGGCUGAUCUUGAAUCUAUCUGCUCUGCUGGAUUCCUAAUAUCUGUAAUUCAUGGCAGGCAUGAUGUCAUUGCUCAGUUAAGCCAUGCAAAGAGGCUUGCGAAGAAGUUACAUCCUUAUGCUAGAAUGGUAGAGCUUCCUGGAGGACAUCUUGUUAGUCAUGAAAGGACAGAAGAGGUCAAUGACGCUCUUCUUGAGUUGAUCAAGGCAUCCACAAGUAAGAUUAGCCCGUAUGACUGGACAAAUUUGCCCAAGAAAAGCUCUGGAUGGAAUAUAACUCCACUUACUAGAAAAAGUUCUCCAGAAGGAAGUAGAUCAUCUGUCAUGGCCGACAUUAUAGGAAGGCUACAGAUGUUCUUGUUGUUCUUUUUUGGUUUGUUUAUGUUGGCAUUUGAGUUUAUGCGAAGAGGUGUAAGUCGUGUAAAACCAGUCAGAGUAAAUGCAUCCCUCACAUGAACCUAUGAUGGCAAAUUCAGUCCACUGGUGACUUAACCGGUGGAAUAAACUGUACAGCAUUUUCACAUACACGAAUCACAUUACAGAAGGAAGGGGAAAGGAGGAAAUGCAUGAAAAGGCAAAGCUACACUGUGCUGACAAAAAGAUCAGAACAAGACAUUUUAGCCCGCCCUUAACCACUUUUUAUUUUGUAGUUGGUUAAGGGCAUAGUGCAUUUUCUGAAUUUCAUUGUAUUGAUAAGUGCAGACCAUUGUUCAUUUUCCUUAAUGAUAAUUAUCCUUUUUGACAGUCUUC